AUGCGAUUGCUUGCUCAUGCAUUAUCCCAACUCUCCACAAAUUCAAGAGCCACACAGUUAAAAAGCAUCACAAAUUCAUUAGCUUAUAAUUUCAGUUUAAGCAACCGUUUUCUUUCAACUAACAAAGGAAACGAAGGUGAUAUUGAUUGGGGCUCUGCAUCAACUUGGUCAAGUGGGCUCACUAAAGAGCAUUUUGAUGGGGAGGUUGUAGGCCACAAAGUAGGCGGCAAUGAUGGCGGUGCUGGUGGUGUUGGAGGUGGAGGAGGAGGGGCAUUAGGGUCAUCUCAAAUUGUACCUACAAGUUGGAAUGAUGAUGAUGAAAUGCAAAAGCUAAGGAAAAUGGCAGCUGAAGCUUCUAGAAAAGAUGGGGCAAGAGGGUCAUAUUUGAAAGAUUCAGAAAAGGCUGAAAUGUACCGGCUUCACAAGGAGAAUCCAGAAGUUUACACUGUUGAGAAAUUAGCAAAAGAUUACAGGAUCAUGAGACAAAGAGUGCAUGCUAUUUUAUGGUUGAAGGAAGAUGAAGAGAAAAUGGAGAAAAAACUUGGACACCCUCUUGAUGAUUCUGUUGAACAGUUGCUUGAUAAUUUCCCUGAAUUCUUUGAUUGGCAUGAUAGGGAAUUCCAUGUUGCAACUUUACCAUAUAAGCCAGAUUUCAAAGUGAUGCCAGAAGGUUGGGAUGGAAGCAUUAAGGAUCCAGAUGAGGUGUUGUAUGAGAUUUCAAUGAAAGAAGAUGAAAUUUUAUAUCAAGAAUUUCUUGAGAAAUUCAAUUUUAACAAGAUGAAGAUUGAGGGGAAGGUGAAAGUGCAUAAGUACAGCAGGAGGCGUCCCACAGAGGGAUGGGAGAUUACAGUUGAGAAGAUGGGCCCACGUGGGAAGCGGGGUGAUGGCGGUGGUUGGAAGUUCAAGAGUUUGGCUGACGGCUCCACCAGACCACUUAAUGAUUAUGAGAAAAUGUUUGUAAAACGAGAGAAACCAAGAAGGAGACGCAAGAUUCUACACCCAAAAUAAAUUCUCGGAUAUUUUAGGAUUUAGGAUUUGAUUCCACCUUUUGUUUUUGUUUGUGUCAAAUGUAGUGGCACUAUCUUUUUUUGUUUGUUUGUUUGUUGGAUCCUACUCUACUAUAUAAAUGUUAUGCCAAAGCCGAAACGUUUGAGCACAAGGGUGUUUAUGUGGUUGGUAUGCAAAAAAUUUGAAAUGAAAGAGAG